AUGUUUAUGAGACUUGAUGCAUUCUCAAAGAUAUAUUUAAAAAGAAUAGAAUCGAUUAGAUUAGCCAAUAUUGCUUAUGGUAUGAUAUUAUGGAGUCUGGAUCCAAUCGUUUCAACUGUCCAACCAAUUUACUCUUUUAAUGAAACCAAACCAUCAAGAGAAGGAAUGGAAAGAAUGAUGGAACUUUUCGACUACUACGAAAAUACACAACAACCAACUGUCAAUUGGCCAUCAUUGCAAACUCAACAAAUGGAUAAGAACAAUAGUAGAAGGAAAUAA